UACCCAGCCUUCUUGGAGCAUAACGGACGUCUGCCCCAAAUAGACUCGUCUCCAUUUCCUCUAUAUUCCUCUUCGUAUCCUCCCAAUCCUGAUAUUCCACAACUAUAACCAGCUCUUGCAUCUUGCUCCUUUUGUCCUGCAAAUUUCUGAUUCCAGCAAUCAUUUUCAUAUAGUCUUGUUUUUUUGCCCUUCUAAAUCCCCCAACUAAUUCCCCCCUGCUGGACUUUUGCCCCACCACGCCCGACACGGCGGCCCGUGGCUGAGUCCCGCUGAUUCCUCUCCUCUCCCCACCUAACACUAACACCUCCCAUCUUCCAAACUUGCAGACGAGAGCAGCGGCGAGACACAAACAGAGGAGAGAGAGAGAAAAAUCAAAAGCAACAAGUCAGACACCACACCCUCUCAGCCUCCCGAGACCUGCUCACCCCCUGGCGGUACCCUUCUCAACCGAUACACACCAUCGGAGCGCCAUCGCUCGUCCUACUUGCCGCAGAUUUACUCCUCUCCUCCCCCUGAUCGCACCGUCGCCAGAGCUCGUCAACCGCUCUUUCCCUCCCAUACUCGCGACACCCCCCGAUUGUGCAAACGGUCAUAGAGAACGAGGACAGAGAUCCAUACCGAGAAGGCCUCGCAUUCAUACCCAGAGCGCACACGAAUCCCCACAGAACCGUCAGGAUGGUCCAACAGACCCCCGCACAGGCAGGAUCGCGCAAGAUCUCCUUCAACGUGUCCGAUCAAUAUGAGAUUCAGGAUGUAAUCGGCGAGGGCGCAUACGGUGUCGUAUGCUCCGCCAUUCACAAGCCUUCCGGCCAGAAGGUUGCCAUCAAAAAGAUUACCCCCUUCGACCACUCUAUGUUCUGCCUUCGGACACUACGCGAGAUGAAGCUGCUGCGCUACUUUAACCACGAGAACAUCAUCUCCAUUUUGGAUAUCCAACGACCCCGUAACUACGAGGGCUUCAACGAGGUGUACUUGAUUCAGGAGCUGAUGGAAACCGACAUGCACCGUGUCAUUCGUACGCAAGAUCUGUCAGACGAUCACUGUCAAUACUUUAUCUACCAGACGCUGCGCGCGCUGAAGGCUAUGCAUUCCGCCAACGUCCUGCACCGCGAUCUGAAGCCUUCUAAUCUCCUGCUCAACGCCAACUGUGAUUUGAAAGUGUGCGAUUUCGGUUUGGCCCGCUCGGCCGCCUCGACCGACGACAACUCCGGCUUCAUGACGGAAUAUGUGGCUACUCGCUGGUACCGUGCCCCGGAGAUUAUGUUGACAUUCAAGGAAUACACCAAGGCCAUUGACGUGUGGAGUGUGGGCUGCAUAUUGGCCGAGAUGCUGAGCGGCAAGCCGCUCUUCCCUGGAAAGGAUUACCACCACCAGCUCACCCUCAUCCUGGACGUCCUCGGCACGCCGACCAUGGAAGACUACUAUGGUAUCAAGUCCCGACGAGCACGCGAGUACAUCCGCUCUCUCCCCUUUAAGAAGAAGAUUCCCUUCCGCGCUCUUUUCCCCAAGAGCAACGAUCUGGCCUUGGACCUGCUCGAGAAGCUACUGGCAUUCAACCCAGCCAAGCGCAUCUCCGUUGAGGACGCCCUGCGCCACCCGUACCUGGAACCAUACCACGACCCAGAAGAUGAGCCCACGGCGCCGCCUAUUCCGGAGGGCUUCUUUGAUUUCGACAAGAACAAGGACACGCUGAGCAAGGAGCAAUUGAAGCUGUUGAUAUACGAGGAGAUUAUGCGGUAGGACGCACCGCGCGAGGGAUCAUAGCAAUACUUUUUUUUUCUUCUUCUCUGUCUUUCUGGAGCAUGCAUUCAUUCGAUCAACUGUCAGCCUGGACGCGAUUUUGCCGUGGUUAGAUAACAAGGACAAACUCUGCAGAUAGCCAUCUACGAGGUGAUCUGUCAAUUCCAAAAAUCCAAUCAACGUUGAAAACGAACGAGA